UUGAAAUAUUUUAUUUCUUACACACAAAAGACUGUAUAUGAUAUAUACAUAUAUUGUAUAUAUAUAAUCUAAUCUCAAUUUGAACAAAAUUACCCUCCAUACUGCUAUCAUUAUAUCUUUUAGUGUGAUUUACUAUGUUUGUUACGUUAUGGUUUAUAAAUUUAAUCGUUUGGUGUACAGCUCAGAAACAAAAUUUUCUUUUAAUAAUCGUCGAUGAUUUAAGAACUGCUUUAGGAUGUUAUGGUGACGCUAAAGCGUAUACGCCAAAUAUAGAUCGUUUAGCGACAGGAGCUGCCAUUUUUUCUCAAGCAUUUGCUCAGCAAGCAUUGUGUGCACCAAGUAGGAAUUCAUUUUUAACAAGCCGAAGACCAGAUACACUUCAUCUUUAUGAUUUCUAUAGCUACUGGCGAAAAGAUAUUGGCAACUUUACAACAUUGCCCCAACAUCUAAAAAAUAAUGGAUAUAUUACUAAAUCAGUGGGAAAAGUUUUUCAUCCAGGAAUUAGUUCAAAUAAUUCUGAUGAUAGCCCUUAUUCAUGGUCAGAAACUCCCUUUCAUCCAUUUACAGAAAGAUAUAAAGAUGCUCCAAUAUGUCAAACAAAUAUACAGAUGCUGCCUGCACAAAAUCUUUUAUGUCCAGUUAAAGUUUCAUCAAUGCCAAAUAAAACAUUACCAGAUAUAGAAAUAUUGAGGGAAGCUAAAACUUUUCUAUCUAAUCAAGCAGGAAAUAGUAGUCCUUUUUUUUUAGCAGUUGGAUUUCAGAAACCACACAUACCAUUUAAAUAUCCAAAAAAAUAUUUAAAAAAGCACCCCUUGCACAAAUUUGAAGUACCUAAACCUUAUAAAUGGUCAAAUAAUGUUAGUAGUAUUGCUUAUAAUCCUUGGAAUGAUUUAAGAAAAAGAGAAGAUAUUGCUGCUUUGAAUCUUAAAUUUCCAUGGGAAAAAAUACCAAAAAGUUUUGCUCGGUUAAUUAUUCAAUCAUAUUAUGCAUCUGUAACAUAUAUUGAUGAUUUAAUUGGUACAUUAAUAAAUCAUUUGGAAAGGUUGUCAAUUCGAGGAGAUACUACUAUUAUAUUAAUGUCUGAUCACGGCUGGUCACUAGGAGAGCAUGCAGUAUGGGCAAAAUAUAGCAACUAUGAUGUUGCUUUAAAAGUACCAUUGAUAGUAUCAAUACCUGGGCUUACAUAUGAAAAACUAAAAGAAAAUACAAGCGUAAAUAAUUCGUCAAAAGGGAAUCAGAUAUUUAUAGAUUCAAUAGUAGAAUUAGUUGAUAUUUUUCCAACAAUUGCAGAUUUAGCAAAUAUCUCAAUACCUAUUUGUUCAACUGAAAGUACGCAAAUUACCUGCAGCGAAGGAAUUACUUUUAUACCACUUAUAAGAGCUGCUUUAAAAGACGAGCUAAUAUUAUGGAAAAAGGCGGCUUUUGCGCAAUAUCCAAGACCAAGCAUUGAACCUUCGAUACAUCCAAAUAGUGAUGAACCACGUUUAAAAGAGAUUAUAGCAAUGGGGUAUACUCUAAGGACAAAUAAAUAUCGUUAUAUAGCAUGGUUAUCAUUUAAUCCUAAAACUAUGUCACCAAAUUGGAACAAUAUCAUUGCAGAGGAACUGUAUGAUUACAGUUAUGACAAGGGUGAAAACCAAAAUGUAGCAUUUCUUGAAGAAUAUGCCAAAUUAAAGGAAAAAUUAAAAAUUUUAUUGCAACAUGGUUGGAGAAAUAUUUUAUCAGCUAAAUCCAAUUUUUAAAUUAUAAUUAUACUUGUUUAAUUAAUUUAUUAUCACUUUACAUACAUUUGC